GGCUCUGUGCUUUGCUUAGGAGAGAGUUUUCAUGGUCUAUUUGAAGCAUUUCUGCACCAUAGAUUUGUAAAUCUUUGAUUUGCGGUUGUGUACAACUCUUGGAAACUGAUCAGCUUGAAGUGGUGUUAAGGUGUUACUGAUUUGGGGAUGGGUUUGCUUGCUACCAAAUGCAAGAUCUUGCUGUGAGGAAUCAACAAUUUCUAGGACAGAUUUUUCUAUUUUUUCUCCUCCGUUUAGCAGUAAACAAGAAAAUGGCAGAGAGACAGCCACUCGACCAACAGCAUCAAUUGGAGCAGCAGAUACAGUCACACACGCCGAAGGAAGACAUUCUUGCCUGUAUAACGGCAUUGGAAGCUGCACUCCUUCCAUGUUUGCCUGCAAGAGAACUGCAAGCAAUAGACCGUUCCCCCCACCCUUCUCAUCAGAUCGAUGUAGAGAAGCAUGCUAGAGAUUUUAUGGAAGCUGCCAAAAAGCUUCAAUUAUAUUUUAUUGGUCUACAACAUGAAGAUCAACCAACCAAGGAAGAAAUGCUCCGUAAGGAGAUCACUCUGAUGGAAGAAGAGUUGAAGACCAAGACUGAACUGAUCAAGAAGCAUGAAAGAUUAAUCCAAGGUUGGAGGAAGGAGUUGAAAGACCAGUUGGACAAACAUAUAACUGAGUUGGAGAGGGUGUAAUUGCCAACUGCAUUUUGGAUGUGUUCUUGUUUUGCUUUUAAGAUGUUUAUUUCCUUGCCAACCUCAUAGACAGAAUUUAUUCUGUAACCAUUAUGCGAGGGAUCAGGUAGUAAGUCAGAUUCUGUCUGCUUGGUUAAGUGCAUACUUAAUUACUAGGGAUGAUUAAGAUAAUUUUCUUAUCCAUUCUGUUUUCUCAU